GGGACCAGAACGGUCUGUCUCCCACCGUCCGAAGUUUCAAAACGACAGAGAUCCGACCCUCCCACUCCAUCUCCGCAUCUCUCUCCGGUCUCCCCUCGCCGAAUUAAAAUUUGAUGGAGCAACUUGCAUUUUGAUCGUCAGUUGGUGGCAGACUGUUCUUAUACCCAUUUUGGAAAAAGGAGGCAAAAAAUUGUGAUGCAACUUUAUAUGAAUCAGAAUGAAGAGAUGGUAUGGUGGUGUUCUAAUUGCAUCCUUGUUCAUGUUGCUGGUCCUGAGAUAUGGUAUCAUGAAAAAUCGUAUUGGGGAAAGUUUUUUGAAUAGUCCGUUAUCCUUCAAUGGAAGUAAUCCUCUUGAAUGGGUGCGUGCUACUGGUCCACCAGCAGUUCAAAAUCCAGAGAAUGGUUCUCAAGUGAUUUCAAUUGAUGCCAUAAUUUUAAGGUUAUUUGCUCGUAAGAACUUCUCCAGUGAAGAGCAACAAUCUUUAUUGACUUGGAAUUUGUUGAAACACCUAGUUAAUCAUUCUCACUCUUUACCAAGUGGACUAGAGGCCAUUAAGGAAGCUGCAAGUGCAUGGGGUAGCCUCAUGGCUUCAGUUCAACAGCAAAGACUUGGUUAUACAAAUGAAAGUUCAUCUGGAAGAGGAAAAGGGAAACAGUGUCCCCAUUUUCUUAAUAAAAUGAAUGCCACUGAACUUGAUAAUAACGGUUAUAAGUUGGGGGUCCCUUGUGGCCUCACUCAAGGUUCUUCCAUCACAUUUAUUGGUGUUCCAAAUGGUGUUCUUGGUAACUUUCGGAUUGACUUGACAGGGGAAGCACUUCCAGGGGAGCCUAAUCCGCCCAUUAUUUUGCAUUACAACGUUAGGCUUCAUGGUGAUAAGAUAACUGAGGACCCUGUAAUUGUCCAAAACACCUGGACUAUAGCUCAUGACUGGGGUGAAGAGGAGCGUUGUCCAUCCCCUUCACCUGAAAACAAUAAAAAAGUGGAAGAGUUGGACCAGUGCAACAAGAUAGUAGGUAAAGAUGAUAACAAAGUGGCUACCAAGCAUUCCAACCAUUCAAGGAGGUUCUCGAUGGGACAAGGAGGAUCUAAUGGAAGAAGAUAUUUCCCUUUUCAGCAAGGCCACCUUUUUGUUGCAACUCUUAGAGUAGGAUCAGAGGGACUGCAGAUGACAGUUGAUGGAAAGCACAUCACAUCAUUUGCUUUUCGAGAAACAUUGGAGCCAUGGCUUGUUAAUGAAGUUAGAAUCUCAGGAGACCUGAAACUAAUUUCUGCCUUGGCUAGUGGUUUGCCUACCUCUGAGGAUUCUGAGCAUGCAAUUGAUCUAGAAGCAAUUAAAUCGGUCCCUCUAUAUUAUCAAAAGCCAGUGGAUCUUUUUGUUGGUGUUUUCUCUACAACUAAUAACUUUAAGCGACGGAUGGCUGUUAGGAGAACAUGGAUGCAGUAUGAUGCAGUUCGUUCUGGUGCAGUUGCAGUGCGCUUCUUUGUGGGUUUGCAUAAAAACCAAAUAGUGAAUGAGGAACUAUGGAAUGAGGCGAAGACAUAUGGAGACAUUCAGUUGAUGCCUUUUGUUGACUACUACAGCCUCAUCACCUGGAAAACUUUAGCAAUUUGCAUCUUUGGGACAGAUGUUGUUUCAGCAAAAUUUGUUAUGAAGACAGAUGAUGACGCAUUUGUUUGUGUUGAUGAAGUGCUGGCUUCAUUGACUAGGAUCAAUGUGACUCAUGGAUUGCUUUAUGGACUCAUAAACUCAGAUUCCCGACCUCAUCGCAAUACUGAUAGCAAAUGGUAUAUUAGCUCUGAGGAAUGGCCUGAAGAAACUUAUCCACCUUGGGCACAUGGUCCUGGUUAUGUUGUUUCCCAUGACAUAGCAAAUGCAGUUUACCAGAAGCAUAGGGUGGGGCUGUUAAAGAUGUUUAAGCUAGAAGAUGUAGCAAUGGGAAUAUGGAUCGCAGAUCUAAAGAAGGAAGGUUUAGAAGUUCGAUAUGAGAAGGAAGGGAGGAUUUUUAAUGAGGGGUGCAAAGAUGGGUAUGUUGUCGCUCACUACCAAAGUCCUAGGGAGUUGAUGUGUCUCUGGCAGAAACUUCAGGAAACAAAACGGGCUAGAUGCUGUGGUGAUUGAUAGAUGAUAAACAUUAAGAGAUGCUUGAGGAAUGUGAUAGUUUUAGAUGCUGAUGAUGAUCCAUGACCACAGUUACUUGCAUUUUAUCCCCAGCAUUUUCUGGUGCUGCAUGUGAUAUGAAGAGAAAUAAAGCAUGACAUUUCCAUCUUUGGUAGAUUUCUACUAAUAAGGAUUGAUAAAAUUUGCGGGCGUAGGAGGGGUUUUUUAUGUUCUUCCCAUUUUUCCAGAAUUUUAUGCUGUGGGUAGUUUCUAUUAGUGAUAAUUGUUGUAUAAAUAGCUAUUUUUAAAAUUUUUUAAUGCAAAUAUGGUGGUAUUAGCUGAGACCUAAGAUUAGGAAGGAUGUCAUGUAGGAAAGGUAGAUUGAUGCCUUGUAUUUUUGUUUAAAAACAGCUAAUUUGAGAGUUUCGGUAUAGUAGAUUUUAGAAAACUCUGUUUCAAACAAUUUCAGUUUGUAGUAGAAAAGAUUUCAA